AUGCUCGUCUCCGCUGCUUUCUUCGCGCUGCUGCUGACCGGCACCCUCGCCAAGCCGGUCACGCGCGACCUUGUAGUGCAUGAGCGCCGCGACAGCGUUCCCAGCGGCUUCGUCAAGGAGGGCCCAGCAUCCCCGGAGACCAUGCUGAAACUCUCCGUCGGUCUGUACUCCAAAGACAUCUCUGGUCUGCAAAAGGUACUUUACGACGUCAGUACCCCCCAGAGUCCCCUAUACGGCCAGCACCUGUCCAAAGCCGAGGUGGACGAAUACGUGAAACCCACCGAUGAGACCGUGAACGCGGUCACGGAUUGGUUCAAAGCGAACAACAUCACCGCGACGAAGGACACGCCCGCGGGCGACUGGCUCAGCUUCUCGAUCCCCGUCAGCCAGGCGAACGAGCUCUUCGACGCCGAUUUCACGACCUUCACGCACACCGAGACCGGCACGAAAGCCAUCCGCACGCUGUCCUACUCCCUCCCUGCUUCUUUGAAGCAGCAUAUCGAACUGGUCCGUCCGACCACGUACCUUUCUCCUAGGUUUGGCAUAGCCAAGGCCUCGGCCACCAUCUACGCUCCAGUCCACGUCGUACCUGCCCCGGAGGUCUCGACCUCCGCCGAUGACGCUUGCAGCGGCGGGAUCACCCCGGCUUGUCUGCAGAGCAUCUACGGAAUCCCGUCGACAGCUGCUCCGAACCAGGACAGCAAGAUCCUGGUGACCGGUUUCAUCGACCAGUACGCCAACGAGGCUGAUCUGCAGGAUUUCCUGGAGCAGUUCCGUACGGACAUCGACCCGUCCACCACGUUCUCCCUCGAGACGCUCGACGGCGGCAGCAACCCCCAGGACCCCAGCCAAGCCGGGACCGAAGCGGACCUAGACAUGCAGUACACCGUCGGCGUUGCCACCGGUGUCCCUGUCACCUUCGUCUCCGUCGGCGACGGGGGCGACGGCUUCUACGACGUGUCCACUUGGUUGCUCGGCCUGGAGUCGCCUCCGCAAGUGGUCACCACAUCGUAUGGCGAGACUGAGAGCCAAGUCGGCAUCGCCGAAGCCAACAAACUGUGCAACAACUACAUGCAGCUCGGCGCGCAGGGCGUCACCGUCCUGUACGCGUCCGGCGACAGCGGCGUCGGCGGCAGCAACGACGCGAGCUGCAGCGCAUUCGUGCCGACCUUCCCCUCCGGCUGCCCCUACCUGACCUCCGUCGGCGCGACGACGGGCACCGCGCCCGAGACCGGCGCCUCCUUCUCCUCAGGUGGCUUCUCCAACUACUUCGGCGUCCCCGACUACCAAUCUUCCGCCGUCUCGAGCUACCUCUCCACGCUCGGCAGCACCAACGCAGGGUACUUUAACGCCUCGGGGCGGGCGUACCCCGACGUCGCUGCGCAGGGUAACGAGGUCGAGAUCGUCGUGGGCGGGAGCACGGUGUACGUCGCGGGCACGAGCUGCUCGAGCCCCAUCUUCGCGAGCAUUGUGGGCUUGCUGAACAGCGAGCUGCUCGCGGCGGGGAAGAGCACGCUGGGAUUCUUGAACCCGUUGCUCUACUCUGGCGCGGCGUCUGCUUUCACGGACAUCACGAGCGGUUCCAACCCCGGCUGCAACACUAACGGCUUCCCCACGGCAUCUGGAUGGGAUCCGGUUACCGGCCUCGGCACGCCUAACUACGCCAAGCUGAGGACCGCCGUGGGCCUCUAA